CAGACAGACGUCCCUCAGCAGUUUAGUCGCCGGUCACACGGCGGAAAACACGGAUCCGUUAAAGCCGAUUUCAAACGGACGCAACCGGACGCUGAAAGUAGCAGAAGAACAUUUUAGGAAACUACAAUUUAAGGCUGCAUAGAUAGAUAGAUAGAUAGAUAGAUAGAUAGAUAGAUAGAUAGAUAGAUAGAUAGAUAGAUAGAUAGAUAGAUUUGAAGAGGAGGAGAAACCGGAGCAAGGAGGAGGAGAGAACCGAGACAGGAGGAGCACGGACGGACCGGAGAGGAAGGAGAGGAGAGGGCUGGUGUAAGAGAACAGAGAAAAGGGAGGAUUUCUUUUCUUUCUUUUUUUUUCAUGGAAGGGGGAGAGUUUGCUUCUCUCUCCCUUUGGCUGUCCUCUCCUUCUCCCGAUCGGCGUCUCUUCUCCAGCACCAGGACCCGGCUCCCUUCCUAAACUCGCCCUGGAAGCAUUCAUGUCUGGUCUUGGGAGGCUUUAAAUGUUGAACUUGAUGGGUGUUUUAAACGCCACCGCCAAUGUCUCCUGCACUUGUAACUGCAAGCGCUUCACGUCCCUCCAGAGCAUGGAAAUCACCCAGCUGGAGUUCGUCCAGAUCCUGGUGAUCGUGGUGGUCAUGAUGGUGAUGGUGGUGGUCAUCACCUGCCUGCUGAACCACUACCGCCUAUCGGCACGCUCGCUCCUCUCCAGACACUCCACCGCACGCAGGAGGCACCUGCCGUUGGCCAACGAUGGAGGUCUGUGGUCCUCUGAGGGCACAGGGACAAGUAGCGCUUUAAAUGAGCACCAGGUGUACAACCCCCGUCCCCCGGACCGAGGGAUCGCCUCUUCCUACCUUCAGCGGGAAGUGCAGCACGGCCAGUCCCAGCCGGCGCUCCAGUCCCAGCGCUUCCAGCACACGUACGCCCCCACUCGGUUCCAGCCGACGUACCCCUACCUGCCCCAGAGCCUCAUCGACCUCCCCCCCACCAUCUCCCUCUCAGACGGCGAGGAGCCCCCGCCGUACCAGGGUCCCUGCACCCUGCAGCUAAGAGACCCCGAGCAGCAGAUGGAACUGAACCGCGAGUCGGUCAGAGCUCCGCCCAACCGAACAGUGUUCGACUCCCACCCCCUCGACCCAUCCAACGCCUGUUUGCAAGCCAGUCUGCAGGCCCCUCCUCCGAGCGUCCACUCGGGCAUCAGUGUAUUAGAAGCGCAGGAGGCCUCGUCCCGGCAGCAGAAGCAGGGCUCCCGCGUGGAGGGGGCCCCUCCGGCCUACAGCGAGGUGAUCGGGCACUACUACCACCCGGCGUCCAUGAACUCCAGCCACAACCAUCGGACUGUAUCGCCGCCGUCCUCGCUCAUACACGGUUUGCUCCGGCUGCCGACUCAACAGCAGGAAAGCGUGGACAACAGGAACACGAGGAACGCAAAGGAGAAAUCCCAGAAGCCGCAGCAGGUGUGACGUCACAGCUUCCUUUUUCCUAGCCGUUGAGAAAAAACCCCGGAUUACAUCUGCUCUGGAGACGGUCAGCGGACCAUGAGGGAAAGUCACAACGACUGGUAAUAUCCGCAGGCUGGUUAGCUGUAUCUGUGGCCGACCGGCGGUCACAGUUUCCCCCCGCCGAACAGAUCGGGCUAGGACUGAGAAGUCUGCUCAUUAGGUAAGAACAUCUGGAAACCAAAUCAACCCUGCAGAGCACAGCCACAGCAGAACAUCUGGUACUUCCUGUUCCACAGCUUCUUACUUCCUGUCUGAGGAGCACUUCAGAUGAUGUCAGAGAAGACGGGGGAUCCUCCUCGCUCCUCUAUCAGACUGAUCUACGCAGGCUUCUUCAUUAUAAAUAUUUACUUGUUCCUUUUCUUUCCUCGAUAACCUUUCCUUUGUUUGUCUUUUGCAUACUUUACAAGAAAAUUCCUAUCCAGGCAAAUGGCGAAAUUUUGCAAUCUUCUUGGUUCUUCCAGGUCCCGAUUUGUUUUGUAUACUAUCGAUAAUCCCCAAUGCCGCUGCUUUGAGUCCUUUUAGCCUUAUUUCUGUUACUUCACAGUCCAACAUCGGCAGCGCCUCCUGCACCCGGCUUCAGCUGUAUCACCGGGACUCGUUGGCACACUUGAGUAUCUCCAGGAAGAGUUUAGCUUUAGUUAGAGUUGUCUUAAUCUAGCCCACCAGUCGUAGCACAGUGCUGCACGUCCCCCAAGCUCAAAGUUCUGCCUUACGAUGACCAACGGUGCAGGAGUUUUAUUUUUUUAUUUGGAUUUUUUUUUUUUUUUUUUUUUUUUUUAAUGUUAUCUUAAGAAGGUUUGCACAAAGUUCAAGACUGUUCACCACGGAAAAAAAAAGAAUCUGCAAUAUGAUUGAGAAGAGAGAAAGUAGAGAAAGUAUGGGUAUUUUUCUAAACUUGAUGUGUCUUUUCUGUUUGUUAUAAUUUGUUGUGUAGUUUUAGAAAAAAUGAGAAACGAACAUCAGUAACCUGUUGGUUGGUGCCAACUUUCACAUCGAACAUUUUUGCAGCAUACAUAGGGAAUAUAUAUGUAUAUGUAUACAUAUAUAUACAUAUAUAUAUACAUAUAUAUACACCACACAUGUAUGCAAAUGGAGAGCGAAAAGCACGAAUUUAGAGUUAUUUAUAUAAUUGCUGAAAAGAAUUGCACUAUUUUUUUAAGUAUGCGCAUAUGGAACGUUUGAGAGAAACUUUUACUGUGAAGGAGCUCUGUCCAUUGAGGUAUUAAAGAAUAAAAAACAAAAGCCAGAAAGAGGUGAGAAACGCUUACCGGAGGCCCGGACCUCGGCAGUGCACAGCAGCCGGCAUCAUGGAAAGUUUAUGGGGAGAUUCAGACUUUGGUCAAACGGACUCUGACCAACCAUUACUGUACCAUUGAUUUAAAAGAAGAAAAAAAAAAUCCCUGGUUUAUGCAAAUGUCUGAGUCCAGUCAAGCCAAACGCAAGUCAGUGUCACACCUGUGGGCCCAAUCAGAAACUCUCUCUUCAUCUCAUCCUAUUGGCCGAAUCGUUAGCCAAUCCCAAAGCUGGCUGCCACUACCUCGACCAAACAAGCACAGUUUGCUCAAGUUAAUCAGACGUCGUCACAUCAAACAAGCGUCUGAGCUAAUCAAGACAAUAUGUAAUGUAACGGUAGAACUUAGUAGAAUAGGAUGACAUAGAAUUAGCUUUUAAUCCUGCUGUGUUACUUUAUUUGAAUGUCAGAUUUUGUUCUGUCUUUUGUUCCCUGGGUGAGUAGAGAGAGACAGAGAGCAAUGUAGAAGCAGUGACACCGAAUGUCCCUUUGUAGUGUAUUUACUCAGGAAGGAAGCCAGUAGCCCAGCAGGCCCUAAACCCGUGAUCCACUGACUGUGCACUGCUGCGUCCGCCGACAUUUCUAAUCCCACACCUCCAGUUGUUUUUAAAAUCGCGUAUCUCCUGCUUUUAUUCAACUCACGCCCUGGUACGCGUCUUUCUUCUUUCUGUCGGCACCUCUGAGCACUUUACUGCACCAGGAAAGAGACAACAAUCUUCGGUCAGCCAGCGCCAGCCUCAGCUCGACGCCACGCGCUAGAAUUUAAGAACUACACGAGAUCCCUUUAGUUUAUUUUUAGAUUUUCAGGCAAAGUUUUAGAGCCGCGCUUUUGAAAGAUGCAAAGAGCCGUGAGCCAAAGCUUUAAACAUCUUUGGAUUGGAAAACAAAUACCGGUACAGUCUCUAAAAGCCCAAAUUUUUCACAUGUUACUCGACAAACUUUGGCUAAAUAACUUAAACCUAAUAUUUUAAUUAUUAAAAAAAAAAAAAAGCAGUAUAAAUAUAAAAAGUCUAUAGAAAAAUUGGUCCAUUUCCUAAUUUUUAAUGUUUUUUUCUUCAAUGUCUAAGUUUUGGAACGCAACUCUUUGUGCGAUGAACGCAGCACGAGACGGGUUGUUGCAAACCAGGCACGCUGAAGUGUUGAAAAGUGACACGAGUGUUAACAGCAGCUCGUCGCGUGUCAUCUCUUUAAGAGUGUGAAAAUCAUAGUUUUUAGUUUGUUUAGAGUUCGUAGUUUUUGAGCGUGGAACACCUUUUAACCCGACGGCCUUCGCCAGAUAUCAUCAAUUUAUUCUGACGUGAAGGAACCGCGGGUUUAAGAGGAAGCCAGCGCCCUCUACUGUCCAGUCUUUAUGCAACAGCGCCCCCCACAGGGACCGAAUCAAACUGCAGCCAAAACUCCUGAGUUAGUUCAAUUUGUAGCUUGCAGAGGAGAGAGUGAAAUAAGAAGCUAAACUCUGAUAUCUUACUGUAUAAAUAAUUUUCUAUGAUUUGUCAGUAUUAUCACAAUUCUUAUAGUCUACUUUCCUAUCACUGAUUUUGUCUGAAAUCAUUAUUUUCCUCCACUAAAUCACUUUGAACAGUCGUGUGUUUUAUGGAGCAAGCACACACUCUUAUAUGCGCUUUCAAAAGAAAUUGAACUUGUGAAACAGAUUAAAAAUAGUUUGUGUUACACCACAGAUGGAAUCUAUUUUCUUAUCCAGACGGUUAGCAGAAGUCUCACAGGAUUUUAAAAUUAUGCUAAAACCUUAAAAUGCCUUUUUCUUGCCUCUGUUUAUUUGUCUCUCUCCUUUUGUUACCGCGCUGCGUUGUAUUUAACCGCGAGCACUUAAAGAGGAAAAACUCACAAUAUAAAGAAAUCAAUCUUUUGUCCCAAAGCGGCUAAAGGAGUGAUUGGAUCAAUCAGAGUGUGAAUCACCCUUGAAGCGUUUUUGUAAGUAGAUUAUGAGCCUGUUUCCAAUGCAAGUUCAGCGUCACCUUUACGACACUUGUGUUCGGAGGCAGCUGCUUCCUGUUUGAAACGGUUCCUGCAUCAGAGGUGUUUGCAGCGGCUAUGAGAAAGACUGGAUACAGUAGAAACAAACAAUUUAAAAUAAUGAUCUUAGAGCGUAACGCAUGACAAAAGAAAGCAAUGUAGCAAAUCUCGCUUCAGGGAAAAGCUGCGCUGGCUGACGAGACCAAAACUGAGACGGGGGAGGAGGAGGAGGAGGAGGAGAAGGAGGAGAAGGAGGAGAGGGGAACCUCCUCUGGAGGCCGAAUGCAAACCCAAAUCACUCAUUUAUCAUCAGCCCAGAGUUAGCAUUUUAGCUAACACUUCGAAUCUGUGAACAGCUUCCCCCAGAGCAGUCUGUGCAUUCAUGUGUGUGUGUGCGUGUGUGUGUGUGUUUUUAUCUAGCGCUUUUCUGCCUUUACUGUCACAACCAUCCCCAUUCGUUUACACAAGCACAAGCACCAGGGGUUUAGUCACACGGUCAAACUCAUUUUUGAAACUUGAAACCGAUUAAAACCUGGUUUGAAGUUAAAGAUUUCACAGGGUUCGGAUAAGGGACGAGGGAAUGCAUGAUGUCAGUGACGGUCCUGAUAAAGGCACACACAUACGUUUGUGUGUGUGUGUGCGUUCUUCUACAGCUAUCCUUCCGAGUAACCAGUGUGAGUUUUACACAAUGAGGACGUUUUGAGAGUUAAGACUUGGUUUUAGGUUAAAGGUUUAAAUUAGGUUAAGUUUAGCGUGAGGGUUAGACACUUUCACUGAGAUGGUUAGGGUGAAGAAGCAGACAAUUCAUUAUGCCAAUGAAUGUUUCAUUUUGUGUUCGAGUGUGUGUGUGCGUGUGUGUGUGUGUGAGUGUGCGGCUAAUGUACACCAGCCUGGCCUGGGAAAGACCUCCAGCUGUCUAGACGAAAACUAAACACACACAAACACACACAGAGAGCAGACUAAACAAACCCCUCCACCCCUCCCCACCCCACACACACACGCACUUUCAUUCAUCCAUUACAUUUCUUAUUUCUUAUCGUGGACCAUGCGAUAGCAUUUACCUGACACACCUGCGUCUCCUCCAGAGCGACUGCCCCACCACCACCUCCUCCUCCUCCUCCUCCUCCUCCUCUCACUUCCUGUCUGAACGAUCUCCUCCUGUUUCAUAGAGGUGUCCGCCGCCGUCCAAUGAACAGAGCUCCUCUCAUGCCCGGCCUUCGCUGCCAUUGGCCGGCCCGUCUUUGCAGAAACGUUCCUCCUUUAUUAUUGUUGUCGUACAAGUGUGCCUGCCUGCUCUGAGACGGGCGAAACGACGCGCUUCCGGGGUUGUCAAUCAUCCCGAGCCGCGCGCCGUCUCAGACGAUGAUGAUGAUGAUGAUGAUGGUGAUGAUUGGAUGAUGGUGAUGAGAUUGAUGAUGAUGAAGAUUUUUUUGAUAGUGAUGCCGCAAAGAUCGUUGCAAUACACCUACUAUUUGCCUUUUUGAUAAUACUAGUCAUAUUUUAACGUAGUGUGCUAAAUGUACUUUUUUUUAUUGUUGUUGUUCCUGUUGUUGUUGUUGUUUUUUUUUAUUCACUUGAGAACAAAAACGAAAAAAGGUGAUUUCUCUUCAAUCCACUGACACAUUUGUAAACUUUGAGCGUGUAAAACUACCUAACAAACACACACAGAAGGCUUCUAGUCGGCGGGGAAGACGUGUAAAUACUGCUUUUAAGUGCCCUUUCCAGUUUAAAGUGUGACGCCGUCUGAAGAGCAGAACCUAAUUCUUCUAAAGUUUUUUUUUUCUCGUGUUAAAGUCAGCUACAUGCGCGAAGCAUCGAGUUAAUCACGGCGUCUCCUCGCCCCCUGCCCAGCGUCCUAACGUGUGCCUUCUGGUGUCCAGCAUGAGCGGAGACUUAACACUCAACACUCCAUUACUGUUGCCUUUUUGAUAUUUAACCCCCGGACAGCACAAUAUAUUAAAACUACCGGAAUGUGUGGAAGCCACGUCACAGCAGGAAAAGGGAAAGAAAAAUAAUAAUAAUAAAAAAAAAAAAUGAAUAAAUAAAAAUGAAAACUGAAAUGACCUCUGCUUUUAUGUGCUAAAAUGUGAAUAAAAAAAUCUGAAAUUGGACGAUUGAACCAGUCAUGCUUCCUCAGUCUUCAGUGGAAGAAGUCGUUUAAACUCACCAAUAAGUGUUUUAUUUUUCCUGUUAUCAUUCCAGCUUUUCAUCCAUUUGCCUUUUCCUGCUGGAAACCGGGUUUCCAUUAUUUCGCGAGUUUAGCGCAGUGGUCACCGAUGCUACGUUCUGGAGAUGUCGGGAACUUUAUCCAUGUAUAUCAUUGACUGAAUCCUCCUCGAUUUUAAUUUUCCCGACGACAUUUAAUUGGACGCAACACUGGCUGCUCCUAUAAAGAAUAACACAUUUUAUUUCCUGUCUGCAGCAUAAUUUAAAGACAUUUCCAAAGAAGUGAUCUUCCUAAACAUCCAAGACAUGACUUGAACUAUUCUUUGCAACAUUUGUUUACCACUCCUAUUUUUUUUUUUUUUUUUUUGCUCAUUCUGCAUGCUCUUCUCCGCUCGCUCUGCUCUUUGAAUCAGCGCUGCAUGGCGCCUUUUCCUCUGACAAUGUUGAAGAAAACAAAAAAAUAUAUACAGAAACACUCUCUUUUUGUUGCAGUAUGUUACGUGUGCGUAUUUGAAGAAGCCUCUGUAUCUUAAAAACGACACGACAGCGCUCCUGUCACUUGUCCGUCCGCCGCAGUGACUAUUGUAAAAGUCUUCCACCUGUCGUCGAGUUUUCUCCUGCAAGCAUGUAAAAUGUGGGACUUGUACAAUAGAUCUGUUUGUUCUGGUCGGGAUUCCUGCACGCGGCUGGUCCAGGCUUUUAAGACGACGUAUGAUGACGGGGCUGCGAUACAGUCGUCAGCUUUGGAGGGAAAUCUCGAGUCCUGGACCAGGCGCCAGAUAAAACUUGCAGGAAUCCUGAUCUGUUCUUGUCACAUUUAGCUCCAGGUUCAUGACUCUUCCAUCCAAGUGAAGAAGUGGAGAAAAGAUGAACAUGGUGCUAAACAAUGGUUCAGUCUGUAAUCUGUCACCGCAUGGCUCAAACACUUAUAUAGAGGCCUACUUAUUCUCAAUGAUAAUAACUGCUUAUCUGUGUACUGAGACAGUUUAUUUUUUAUUUAUAUUGGAUCGUCUAUGUGUUGCCGAGUUUGUUACGUUUUGUUAUUUUCUCCUCUGUUGCAAACAGAAGACAAUGGUUUAUUGUUGUUGUCACAGAACACAUGGUAUGAAUCGGACACAUUUCAGUUAGCCUUCGAUUUAAAACGUGAAUAAAAAGUUUUAUAAAUAUG